CCCAAAUAUCAUCUGUGGUGUUUAUUUCAUUAAAGUCAAUCAUGGGGCGCUGGAUGAAACCAGAGGUAUAUCCACUUGUAGCAGCCACAAGUGUAGCUGUUACUAUGUGUGUAUUCCAAUUGGUUCGGAAUUUGGUAACAAAUCCUGAUGUCAGAAUUUCAAAAGAAAAUCGUCACACUGAAGUUCCAAAGAAUUGGGAAGAGGGAAAGAGAUAUGCAGAAAAUGGAAUGAGAAAAUUUGUGCGCAAAAGGGCUCCUGAGGUUAUGCCUUCUAUGACCUCACUCUUCCAUAGCACAUCUAAGUGAACGUCAAAUAUCAAUGAAUCAAAUCCUUGAUGCUACAAAUGUUUGUGUCUUUGGUGUGUAAUGUAUAAUAACGUUGUGAAGCAUCUCACUGUGAUGCAAAGCUUGGAAAAUAAAUGUUAGUAGGUAGCUGUUUGUAACAUAGGGUUGCAAAUAUAUUAUUAUAAAAAGACAUUGUUUA